GAGGUGAGCGCCAUCGCGAACCUGUUCCUGGCCGGCGAGGAGACGGCCCACGCGUGGGCCUCCGUGCUCUUCGGGGACCGCGCGCCUGAGGGCAAGCUGCCGAUCGGCAUGCCCGCCUCGAAGACCGACCAGAUCCUCCUCGGCAAGAAGGACAGCGUGCCGUACACCGAGGUCAGGGGCAGCGUUCGGGGGGGGAAAUGGCUCGAGGUUCGAGGCUUGCUGGCGCUCCUGUCGGUCCUCGGCAGUUGCCCAGCCUCGGGGCGUCCUCCAGCAGCGGCGCCUCGCCGAGGGAGCGCUCCCGGGCUGCCCCGAGCGGGCGCCGGAGAGGCCCGGGCCGUGGCCCGGGAGGCACCAGGCGGGGGAGCAACAGCGACAUGAGCAUGCGAACUCGGAGGUCCGCGCGGAUUCCUCGGAUCGGCACUGGGGCCCCC